AUGGCCACGGAUGCUACCACCGGAAUCAAGGCAAUGCAAGGACAAUGGGAGGACAUUUCCGUCUAUAGAUUCGAGAUUCGCGAGCACAUGAUUAUGGCAUUCGAGGGUGCUUCGUGCAGCAUCUCGGAUGUCAAUGGCCAGCACCAAGCUAGUUUCGCGAGCAAGGAUGCGCUGGUACUUCGGGAGGUUCGACCUGGGGAUAAGUGUUAUGUCCAGAGGGGUCGCGCUUGCUUGUUCGAGGCACCUGCAGAGACGCCAGGGUAG